AUAAACUUCCCGCAUCCGCGUUCCUUUCCAGCAGAUCGAUCGUCACGGCAAGCAAAGGUACUUACAACAGCCUUUCUGAACCCUUCCUACCAUUCAAACAUGGCAUCGGCUGUGGCCAUGGCCACUUCGCCUCCUUUUACGCUCGACGCCGGCACCGCUUUCUCCCUCGCCGUCGCCUUCUCGCUGAUGCCCUCAGCUCAAAUACUGGCCGCCUUUGCUUUGCCCAAGUCCACGCCUCGAAAGCUCUAUUACCUCUUCCUGUGGCAUGCCUAUGAUUUUCUCACGCAUUUUAUCAUCGAGGGCAGCUUCCUGUACCAUUGCUUCUUUUCAUAUGAGCAAUUGCCGCCGCAAACCGCCGAUGUCUCGCAUCCAGCGUCUUGGGGCGGGGAGCCGCAAGCCUACCUGUACAAUCGCCCCGACCGUCGUUAUGGUGCCCAAUACUCCCAAGGCCCCAUGGCUAGACUGUGGCAGGAAUAUGCAAAAGCUGAUCGAAGAUGGGGAGGUGCAGACCUGAACGUCAUAUCGCUGGAGAUUCUCACCGUUGGUCUGGCUGGUCCGGCUGCCGUGUACAUCUGUUAUCUGGUCUCGAAGGUUGCGAACACCACGGAUGAAAGCAUCAAAAAUCGAUAUCAACCCCGGCUCUGGUUGACAGCAGUCAUUCUCGCAACUGGAGAGUUGUAUGGAGGGUUCAUGACGUUCGCACCAGAGUGGUUAAGCGGCAACAACGCACUUGCUGGCGACGACCCCGUCUAUCUCUGGCUAUACUUGGUCUUUUUCAACAUGUUGUGGGUCUUCAUACCUUUCUGGGUUCUGUAUGCGGCCUUCCAAGAGAUCUCCGCAGCCUUUGCGAUGAAAAGUGUAUCCGCCAGGAAGACCAAAUGAGCCUUGUACUUUGCCUUGUACUUUGGACCAAGAAGCAAAAUGAAACCCGGAAUUGAAAUCAAUCAACUUCACUACUGGUAGUGCCUCAGGAAUGUUAAGCGUCACUUCUCCCGCAAAGCCAGUCAUUCUGUACACCACCAACUAUUCUGCUUCGGAUCACGCCUACAUAUUUUUCAGCGGCCAAAUUUGUGUCAACAUUUCCCAAUUCGAAAGAAGUCAACAGCAGCAAUGAGACCCCAAAAGCUACACUUCGAGUCUGAAAUGUGUUUUAAGGGUUCAUGUUCUAUCUGGUUUGGUGGGCGGGGCCUUUCCCCUCCUCUAUAAUUGUAUGUGCUUGCUGUUACCAAAGGUAGUAUUAGAUUCACAUUAUCAUUCUAUGAUAUAUGUGAACAUCUAGUACCAUCUUCAGGUAGCGGGGGGUCUCGCCAUACCAUUAUGCAACAAUUGGAUCUCAGGGUUGUGAUGCUCCUCUCGGAGUAUCAACAUACAAGAGAAGAGAUCCAAUUGUUAAGAGGAGCGGAAAGGUAACAUCAGAGCCGGUGGGAUUUGAACUUUUUGUCCCCUGAUACAUAUGGUAGGGUAGUUCAAUCCAUCCUCUGGCAGAACAUGAUUUUUAUUUUUGAUCUCAGAUAUACAAUUUUCUGUUCGCCAAUGUUAGUUGUGUGGGCUCCUGCGUUAGGUGAGGCAGAAGAUACUCUAUCCUCAGAUCAUAUCUUCAGAUUUGUAUCAGGCAUGAGCCGUGCCCUCUCACAGCGCCUCCUAAAUCCUGACUCUCUUUAUUGUCUUUGCCUUGUAGGU